UUUGCAAAACGGGGGCUCCUCGUCCUCCCUGCUCCCCUCACCCGCCUUGACCCGCCCGAGUCAAACUCGGCUCAGUUCAACUCACUCACUAACUCCCUUUCAUGCAGCUCCUCCUCCACCGCCUCAAUCUCCUUAUCCCUUUUUCUCUCUUUUUUUUUUAAUUUAAAUUUUUAAUACCAGAAUGAUGAGGCAGGAAAACCACGGCGGCGAAAACUCCGACCUCUGCGAAUCACAAGACGAUAUGGAAUCUCUGGUCCUCGACGCGGCUCCUCCUCCUACCUCAUCCAACGGCCAGUCUUCUCCUUCCUCAGACUUCAUCGACCGCCAGACCAGCACCGCCUCCUCUUCCGCCUCAGCCUCGCAACACUUCAACUCCUUCCUCGAACCGCCGUCCUACGCCGACGCGAUCUUCACCUCCUUCGACUCCUCCGCCUCCGCAUCCAACGGCCACGACGCUCCCAAGCCUGAAUCUGACCCUCCGGCGAGGUCCGAGUUCCUCAAGGUUUGGGUCUCCGACCCGCAGAAGGAGCUCGAGCUCUCCAACUCGCUCGUCCCGGGAGGGACGUCAUACUACACGUACUUGAUCACGACGCGGACGAACAUGCCGGAGUACGGCGGCGACGGAUCCGAGUUCACUGUGCGGCGGCGGUUCAAGGAUGUGGUGACGCUAUCGGACCGGUUGGCUGAGUCGUGCCGCGGAUUCUUCAUCCCAAUCCGGCCGGAUAAGAGCGUGGUGGAGAGUCAGGUGAUGCAAAUCGAGCAGUUCGUGGAGCAGAGGAGGGCGGCGCUGAGUCGGUACCUGAAUAAGCUCGCGGCGCAUCCGGCGAUCAGGAGGAGCGAGGAGCUGAGAGUGUUUUUGGUUGUGAAGGGGAAGCUGCCGUUGAUGAGGAGUGUGGAUGUGGCGUCGAGAAUGCUGGACGGCGCCGUUAGGCUGCCGAGGCAGCUGGUUGGGGAGGCGGCGGAUGCGAACGAGGCAGCGCAGCCUGCGAAAGGCGGUAGGGACUUGCUGAGGAUGUUUAGGGAGUUGAAGCAGUCUGUGGUGAAUGAUUGGGGAGGUGUGAAGCCGAUUGUGGUCGAGGAGGAUAAGGAGUUCUUGGAGAGGAAGGAGAAGGUGGUUGAGUUUGAGCAAGAGCUUAGCAAUUUGUCGCAGCAGGCUGAGUUGCUGGUUAAAGCUCAGCAAGACAUGGGAGAGACUAUGGGGGAAUUGGGAUUGGCGUUUGUGAAGCUGACCAAGCUUGAGACGGAAGGAGCCAUGUUUGAAUCUCAAACAACACGAGCCACUGAUAUGAAAAAUGUGGCUACAGCGGCUGUUAAAUCUAGCCGACUGUACCGCGAGUUAAAUGCACAAACUGUUAAACAUUUGGACAAACUACAUGAAUAUCUUGGAGUAAUGUUAGCGGUCAACAGUGCAUUUUCAGACCGAACAAGCGCUUUACUAACGGUGCAAACUCUUUCCACGGACUUGGUCUCCCUGCAGUCAAGGAUAGAGAAGCUUGAAGCUGCAGCAUCCAAAAUAUUUGGUGGAGACAGGUCCAGGAUGCGGAAAAUAGAGGAGUUAAAGGAAACUUUGAAAGUUAGUGAGGAAGCCAAAGCUUGUGCAGUUAACGAGUAUGAACGCAUCAAGGAAAAUAACAGGAAUGAACUUGAAAGGCUUGACAGAGAAAGACAAGACGACUUUAUGGGAAUGUUGAAGGGAUUUGUUCUUAAUCAGGUAGGAUAUGCAGAAAAGAUGGCAAAUGCGUGGGAGAAGCUUGCGGAAGAGACUAGUGGGUAUGCAAGAGAUGGUAGCUGACAUUUCUGCUGUAAAUUUUUGCGUUUAGGUUUUCAUUGUAAGUUCCCUAUAUUUCAUCCAUGUACACAAGUAAAAUCGACAUCCCAUUUGUGUUAUACAAAGAAGCUUCAACCCUAACCAAUUCAAUUAGGAUACCAGAGACCGCGCCCUUUUUCUCUAA